AUGUUAUCAAGGAUACGGCGAAGGAAUGCAGGUCCGCGUCCUGACCCAAAGAGCGUCAAUUUCACCUCGGAGCAUCUGACAGUGUCCAAGACGAUAGCGAGGCGGAAGAAAGUAUUGGGAGUGAUAUGGGAGAAAAUACCACUUAUCCGAGCGAUACUGGCUACAGCAGGAUUCUUGUGGUUGUUUGCAAUCCCAUAUGAGGGAUUAUGGAAAGGGACAUAUGUGGAUGAACAUGCCUUACAACCUGGUCAAGUGACAACAUACUUUGACUGGGGUAACGUACACAAAGCGGAUCUGUACUUAGAUAAGUUAGAGCGAAUAGUCAAUGGUACAUUCGAAGAACGAUCAGCAUAUCUACAAGAUACAUUCUCAUCAUCUGGUCUAUCAACAUCCAACGCUUCCACAUCAACUUACGCUCACGUCAAACCACCUCGAUCAAAGGGUACGGAGAGUAUUCUAGUAUCUGCCAAUUGGGUCUCAAGGGAUGGAACACCGAAUUUGAGAGGGGUAGCUACGUUGUUAGCUAUGGGCGAUUUCUUGAAAGAUCAAAAUCAUUGGGCAUUCGAUUUCAUCUUAGUAGUUGGAGAAGGGUAUAUGGAAGGUUUAGAAGGGUUCAUGAGAGAAUACUCUACAUUGUUUAAUGGAGUGAUAUGGACAGGGUUGAACAUUGAUUAUCCCGGUCAUUCAUUUUCUCAUAUCGGGCUGUUCUAUGAAGGAGUAAACGGUAGAUUACCAAAUCAAGAUAUACUAAAUACCAUCUCGAGAGUUGCCCAAUUCACUGGAGGGGUACCGACAAGAUACCACAACAUACCUGAUGAAGUACCCUCGAUAGGUCCAGAAUGGUUGGGUAAAUAUCUUUUGGCCUCCAAACAUCUAUUAAGCCAUUUCGGAUAUAUGAUAACUGGAAGAGCAAGUGCAGCUCAUGGGGUGUUAGCGAGACAUCGUAUCGAUUCCCUCACAUUAUAUUGUACUCCCUCCGAGGGUCCACACGGCUUUCACACCUUGGGACGCACGCUCGAAUCAUCCUUACGUUCCCUAAACAACCUUCUCGAACGUCUUCACGCCUCGUAUUUCUUCUAUCUACUCCCUAGACCAUGGAAUUUCAUACCUAUAGGUCAUUACUUACCUUCGGCAAUUUUACUUUCUGCAUCUAUCACCAUAGGGGGAUUUGAUAUUCCCAAUCCAUUAGAAGGUCUGGUCUACGUUCUUUUUGGAUUUAUCGGAUCAUUCGUAUUCUGGAUCGCAUCCUGUCAUCCGAUCGCUUGGUGUUCAUUCUUCAUCGGUCCUCUGAUUUUGAAGCUGCAGCGGCAGCUUAGAGGGGUUAAAGGUAAUCAAAUCAAAGCAGGUGAAAAAUUACUUCGAUCUAUCAAAGGGUUAUUAAGAUUGUUGUACGGAAGUUUAAUAGCUACUUUAUCAAUGAUCAAUUUCCCCCAAUCUAUAUUUCUAGCUCUCAUCUCUUUGCUUUACCUCACGGAUUUUCCCAAAUCUAUUAAAUACUUGAUACUCGUGGUUAGUCAACCGGGUUUAGUAUUGUGGUUAUUGAAGUAUAGCUUGGAUGUUGAUUUGGAUUUGGCGAAAGAUUGGUUGGAAUUGGGUAACUUGACUUAUCCUCUUGGGGUAUAUGGGAUCUGGGGUUCACUUUGGAUCAAUUCUGUCUUAUUGUUAAAAGACGAAUAG